CAAGGCGCGCGUCCACACCGACUGUCUGCGCUUUCUGCUUUUGAAAAAGCGAGAAGAAGACGACGAUUUCAAAAUAGUCACUUGGUAACACUUACGUAGAAUAACACAUAAUGUCUUAGUUUCGUGUCGCGAGUUGAUGCCUGGUUUUACUUCCGCCUGCCGAACUUGGAGACAUUCUUCCAGGAUAAAAGCGAGGAGAAAAGAGAAAGGAGGACGACAAGGACGAGUGCCUGAUUCUUCGUAACAUAACACUGGAGAUGUCUCAGCAAAGCCACGACAAAGGUGUGCCUAACUUUGAAACGUUGCACGGGGUGACUUCGUGAGACAGAAAGGAAGAACCGGUACCAAAGAGGAGUUCCGCAGAGUGCCAGAAACCUCUAAAUGAUGGUAGGAGAGGUGCGUCUGGUGUCCACAACAGCCUCGGGAAUUGUGGGAGAUCCGACUUCAGUUUCCGGAGUGUUCGGCGCAGAGCCGUGCUGCUCUUCUGCACAUACAACUAAAGUGAAUUCCCUAUGCACCAAUACUCUCUCAGCAGUGGGAUUUGAAUCCACAGCCUCAGGGUCUGGGGUCUGAAGUCCAAAGCCUCUCCCUCUACGCCACACUGAUGUUCUCCAGGUCUGGACUGCCAGCGUGAAAAAGGAAUCGCAGGCACUUGGGGCGAGAGAGUGAGAGAAGAGUUUUACACGGAGCAUGGCCUCAGCCAAAGAGAAUGGCGUGCAUGAAGGACUGGCCCACAUUAAACAAGAGGACUGUGAGUGGGAGGCACCAGAAUAUUUGUCUGCGAAGGUGGAAGAUUACGAAAGACAGAUUUCAGAUUUUAAAGCGGAGGAGCCUGAGGGGGAGACUGUGGAUGUUAAAACGGAGCUUUGUACCCGCUGGCAUCCCGUGCAAGUGAAACUUGAGUUGCCGGAGUUUGAGGAGAACAUCCCCGAAGGAAACGGGUGGGACGCAGAAGGGCAGGAGUCAUCUGGGAGCGUAGGAAUGAACUUACAGGCGACAGGCACAUCUCCAUCUUCAUGUGUUCAGACUUCUUGUCAGCGGAGGCUGCAACAGAAGCAGGACAAGGAAAAGACGAAGAAAUCAACAAGAGGAUCAACGAAUUUGACCCCAUCCACUUUGCAGUGCAGUUCCCUUUCUGUUGUCAAGCUAACACAGGCAGAAGCCAUCAACCCUGAUCAACAAGAGCGUGAUGCAGAUCAAGAAGCUGCGCGUGUGGGCCGAGAGUGCAAAGAAACUUCCAAAAAGAAAUCGGACAGCGAGGAUUGUAGGUCAGUUCAUGCAAAACCGAAGCCGUGUUGCUGUUCUGAAUGUGGAAAGCAAUUCUUUUUCAGUAGCAGCCUCCAAAGACACAUGAGAACCCACACUGGAGAGAAACCCUAUUGCUGUCCUGAGUGUGGCAAAAGAUUCACUGCCAUCAACACUCUUCAGAACCAUGCAAGAAUUCACACAGGAGAGAAACCGUUUUGCUGUUCAGAUUGUGGCAAACAGUUCUCCACCAAAAGUAGUCUUCGACAGCACAAACGAAUUCAUACAGGAGAGAAGCCAUAUUGCUGUUCCGAGUGUGGCAAAAGAUUUCUCCAUAAUUGCAGUCUUCAGAACCACAUAAGAGUUCACACAGGAGAGAAACCGUAUUGCUGUACCGAAUGUGGCAAACGUUUCACUAACAUUAGCACUCUUCACGGCCAUGAAAGAAUUCAUACGGGUGAAAAGCCGUAUUGCUGCUCUGAAUGUGGCAAGCAAUUCUCCAAAGUCAGCAGUCUUUUACAGCACACACGAAUUCACAGUGGAGAGAAGCCAUACUGCUGUUCUGAAUGUGGUAAAAGGUUUCUCUAUAACUGCAGUUUCCAAAGACAUGCAAGAAUCCACACAGGAGAGAAACCCUACGGCUGUGUUGAAUGUGGAAAAAGAUUCACUGACAGUAGCGCCCUUUGGCAGCACAAAAGAAUCCAUACUGGAGAAAAGCCAUUUUGCUGUUCUGUGUGUGGUAAACGAUUCCCUCUUAACUACAAACUUCAGAGCCACUUAAAAAUCCACACAGGUGAAAAGCCGUUUUCCUGCCCUGAAUGUGGCAAACAAUUCUCCAAUAGCAACAGUCUUAAAAAUCACAUAAAAAGUCACACUGCAAGAUGAUUUUCCCUUAAUAGUCGUUAUGAUCAUUCAGAAAUUCACAACGGCGGAAAAAGCUUACUGUUGUACUGAGUGUGGAAAGCGAGUCUCAUGCAGCAGUGAACUUUGUUGCCAUAAAAUAAUUGAUUUUGAUAAGAAUUCUCUUAGUUAUUCCGAAUGUGGGAAGUGAUUCUCACACAGCCAGAGUCUUAAUAGGCAAAUGAGAGUAAGCUGUAAGGAAUAAGUUAAAAGGAAAAGAUGGCGGGAAGGAGUUAACACGAAAUCUCAUAAAUAAUGAUGUCUUGAUGAGUUCCUACAAAUGGUGGACUUCAUUGUUUCCCAAAGCUCAGGAGAACCUGCUUACAGUAGGGAAUGGAAGUAAUUAGACCUCUUUACUUUCAGCAUGCUUUUGUGUGUUGUAGAUUUUAUUUUAAAUGGAUAAAUAUGCCAUUGUUGCCUAUCAGUCUACACUCACUGACCUAUAAUGCCAAAGUUAAAACAUGAUUUUUAGAAAAGGUUGCAAAGUAGUUAAAAAUGAAAAAUCAAGAGAUCGCAUUCUUGUAAGUAUUCAGGCCCCUAAUUCUGUUCUUUGUAGAAGCCCCUUAGAUAAUCAUCUUGUUUACUCCGUACAAAGUUUUUGCACCCCUGAAUUUGACCAGUUGAUCACGUUCUAGAUGACCGCUCCUCUCUCAAGCUUCUUUAGAUUAGUUGGGGAGUGUCCAUUAACUGCCAUCUUCAGGUCUCCCCACGCUUCUUCUAUGGCAGGAGUGUCCAAAUCCAAUCCUGAAGGGCUGCAGUAGCUGCCGCUUUCUUAAUCGGUAACCAGUUUCUGCUGUUAAUUGACUUCUUUUCUCUUUGUUUAAAUUGCCUUUGUUAAUGAACACUUCCCUGAAUUGCUUCUUAUUUUCCUGAAAUGGCAGCCAAAUUAAAAUGAGAUGUGAAGUGAGCCAGCAGAUGACCUGCUAAGUUGGAGGCCUCAAACUCCAAUCAGUUUUCGUAAUUAGAAGGUGAUUCUUGUUGGUAAUUUAACUCGCUAUACACAAGUAAUUCCAUGGCCUGUUGGUGCUCUAAUUCCACCACAGCAGACGGCAUCAUGAAAAUGUGUUGUGGACGUGAGCUGAUCAAAGCUGCUGUGGAAACUUGCCCUUUCUUCUCCAAAGUUUUGUUUCAUUUGCUAA